UAUUUCGUGCUGUUGCUAACGCUUGUUGUUACAAAAAUCGUCGGAGGACGCCACUGACAUCUGACUUUCGGGGCGAGGCGUAGUUACUGGUGAAAUCGGCGUAUUUCUUUCUCGUAUCGUUGACUCUGUGACGCUUAAUUUGUUCGUUUCAUAAGUGUAAACAGCCUCUUUUAUGGCCUCAGCGUUGUUCGCAUGCACAAGAUGCAACGCACGACAUCCAUUCGAAGAACUUUCUCAAGGGCAGCAGCUCUGUAAAGAUUGCCGCGGCGCCUUUCCCAUUGUCAAAUGCACCUACUGCCGCACCGAAUACCAGCAAGAAAGUGGCAAAGUCGGCACAGGAGUCAUCUGCAAGAAGUGUGAGCAGAAUGUGAAAGCCUAUGGAAAGCCAACAGCAUGUGAAUACUGCAACAUCAUCGCUGCUUUUAUCGGCACAAAGUGCCAGCGGUGUACCAACUCUGAGAAGAGAUACGGACCCCCUGUAAGCUGCGAGCAAUGCAAGCAACGCUGCGCCUUUGACCGCAAGGAUGACAGUCGGCGAAAGGUUGAAGGCAAGCUGCUGUGCUGGCUCUGCACGUUGUCUUUUAAGAGGGCCGUGGCCAAGACCAAGCACAAUGACCCCAUGCGCCAUACGGUGCUUGGCAAGGUCGGCUUGACGUCUUCACACCACCAUCACCACGGUCAUCACCAUCACAGCCACCAUCACCACCGGUCAUCAUCGGGCUCUGGUGGAGGUACGAACACUGCUUCCUCCACCGGACAGAACCAUCACCACCACCGGAAGCACUCCCAUUCCUCAUCAUCGCUCUCCAACCACAAGGUUGGCAGUGAUCAUGGAAGUGCCAAAAGACCACGGCUGGAUCCGGCCAAGCUGGCAAACGGGAGUACCCCUCUAAGGAGCACCCCAGAGACCAGCGGCUUGCUGGACCCGAACAGCAGCGAUCACGUGGUGGUGCUGACGCAGUUGCGUGAGCAGGUAUCCUCCCUGCAGAAGCAGCUGAGCCUGAAAGACCAGCAGCUGCUUGCCAAGGACAAGCAGAUCGCGGAGCUCAAGGCUCACAUGUCUUCGGACGAACGCAAUGCUCGAGAAAAAAUGCAGGCAGAGAAGAAGAAGCAUUCGGAAGUCGUUCAGGAUCUUAUGAACAAGCUGCUGACGUUGCAGAAACAGAUUGCAGCCAAGGCGAAGAGCAAUCGAAAGAACACAACAGCGACAACAGACAGCCCGUCUUCCCUGAUCACGUGACGGAAGUCUCUUGCAUCUCGUCUCCCACUCUCUCUCUCUUCCGGUUCGACUGGAAAAAGUGGCAGUCAUUGUCCGAUUUCUUCAGCAUUGCUCCACCAUUUUGUUAUCCUCCUCCCUCCCCUGCCCGUCCCCACCUACCUUUUAUCAGCAGGCAAAAUCACCUCAUCUCUGUAUAUUUUUUUUUAACUUUUUGAAGCAAUUGUGUGGGAUUUUGUGAUGAGCGAUGUGCAACCCACAUUUUAGUUAGGUGCCGGUUCUCGAAUCAUGUUCUAAGCUUUGGUGAUUGGAAUGGCGGUGGAGUACUUGAACGUCGCAAGGCCUAGCUCGCGGAGUCUUCAGCUGCAGUAUCUUGGCCCAACCCAUUGCAAGAAAAACUGGCUUACAUUUUAUCAUAUCCCAUGGACAUCUGGUAGACCCUUUAAACUAUGGACGCCCCAUGUAGUAAUCGUUACCAGAUUAGGUAACGUGUAUGCAUCCAUCGUCCACCAGAGGCGCAACACACUCGCAUGUGAUGUACCAAUUUGCAAAUGUGGUUUGUCGCCACUUGGAGGAACGAUCUAUUGCCUCGCAUUAAUGUUUACGCCUGCACGUCUAUUGUGCAGCAACACCAUGGGUCCAUUGAACGUUGCGUUCUUACCUGCGGCUAGGACUUACGUGGAUCUGAUUGUCAGUCCAGCGACAGGGUGACAUGGUGUUAAAAUUGGCUUAGCCUCUGCACAUUCAAGGAAUACGAUAUCGACAGUAGCUGCUAAAUUUGCUGACUUGGCUGAAGACAGUUGUUCCAGGUUUGUUAGUGUGAUGAACGAUGGUUGUGCUGGAUAACGGCGACAUUUAGGUCUGGAAAGGUUUCAGGCUUGGGUCAUCUCGCAUUUCUUGCCUAAGUAGUGAGUGGUAGUCGAAAUUUUGUUUAGAUGACCUGUAGGCAGUGUUUUCUUGCAUGUUUCCAUGACAACUAAGCCCGAGAAUGAGUUCAGGGCGUAGCUGCCUGCUGGGCCACAGAUUCGAAUAGAGGGAAGUUAUGGGCUGUUUUUUAUCCGGUAAUUCUGAGAGGCAUGUGACCGAGAAAGUUUGGAAUGUUUUUAAGGAGGGUAGUACUCCAUUGCCACAUUGAGAUGCUCUUGAUUGCGUUUUAUUGGUGGCAAGUCAAUGCGUGGUGAUUCUGUUAGCGCAAUUCCAGCGCCGUAACUGCCAAGGCUGGCAAGCUGUAUGUUUUUUAGUCCUCCAAGUGAAGCCCUUGGGCCCACUUCAUCUUAGUGUUGUUUUAGCGGAAAGUACACAUACACACACACGAGGGGUAGGUCUAUUUGUGAAAUGAUAGUUACAGAACACUGUCAUGUUUGUUUUCCUCUCUCGGAAAUGUCGAGAUCUGGAUUGGGAUGCCCCCCACAGUCCACCUAGUGUUUUUAUUUUCUUACAAAGCCGUUUUUAUCUGUUUCAGACUGCAGGUGUUUGUAGACGAAGUGUCAAAAUCAUUUCCAUUCUUGUUUUAUACAUUUUAUGAAACCUCCGCGUUUAAACAAAAUAUGUCUCGCUCAAAGCAGACUGGCAGGAUGUGAAUACAGAAAUGGUUUGCAAGUAUUGUGGUUGUGCUUUUUGGUGAGUGAAGUAAAAGUACCGAGAGAUGCACUUAAAAAGCGCUGUUGCGGCAGCUUGCAAUUUGCCCCUGGAAUGCUGCCAAGAUUGACACCGAGCCGCCGCAAAAGCGUCAUUGAAGCAAUUUCGAGAGCCAUGUAUUACGCCCACCGAAAAGCCUUCCUUGGAGUGGAAUUCAGAACUGGUUUUGUGCGAGCGUUGUGUGUGUUAGCAUGUGCCAUGGAUUGAGGAAUUUGUGUUUUGCAAGUGCAUGUGCCAGUCUGCUUCGGCAGUCAUCUUUUUCAGUUUGUUUGCAGCAUUGUACAUUAAAAGAAAUGGCAAAAACAAUAAAUUUAUUCGUCGAAAA